UCUUUGCACACAUCGCAUAUAUACAGGCACAAAAAUCUGUUCCAUUUCUUUUGCUCAUUUGCAUUGUUUUAUUAUAUUCAGUAAUGCGGUUGACAAUGGAGUGACUGAUACCGGAUGAUAUAAAACCACCACCUGUGGAAUGCCAGACAAGUUGAGCCACUCCCAUUCAAAUUUCAAGUUUCAAAGCCUCUGUUAUUCUACAGCGAAUCUUCCACUGGAUUUGAAAGCAUCAAAAUGGCAGAACUUGUCUUUGAUACUCAAAAUCCUUUAAAUUGCGCAAUCUGUCUGAAUCUGCUUAAGAACCCGGUGACUACAACUUGUGGGCACAGUUUCUGUAUGGACUGUAUAAAGGGGUGCUGGGAUCAGGAUGCUUCUUUGAGACGAGCUUACAGCUGCCCUACGUGCAGGACUACAUUCAACCAAAGACCAGCUCUCAGCAGAAGCACGGUGUUGGCUGAAAUUGUAGAGGGAAUGAAACGGGAAGUUCCAGCUGGACCUAGAGAUGUGAAAUGUGAUGUAUGUAAAGGAAGAAAACUCAAAGCCAUCAAGUCUUGUCUGGUGUGUUUGGCUUCUUACUGUCAAACUCAUAUUCGUCCUCAUUAUGAGUCUGAAGCUUUCAAAAAGCACAAGCUGGUAAACGCUUCCUCAAAUCUACAGCAGCAGAUCUGCUCUCAACAUAAUAAAGCACUGGAGAUUUACUGCUAUAAUGACCGGAAAUGUAUUUGUGUGGUUUGUAUGGGGGAUCAGCACAGUGGACAUAAAACAGUCUCAGCAGCAGCUGAAAUGGCUAAAAAACAGGAGGAACUGAAAAUAAAAAAGAGGGAUUUCACUCAGAAAAUCACAGACAUAGCCAAGAAGGUCCAGGCAUUUAGGAAGGCUGUGGAUUCUCAUAAGCGCUCUGCACAGGCAGUAGUGGAGCACAGUGACAGGAUCUUCAAUGAGCUCAUCCGCUCCAUUCAGAAAAGACGAGGUGAGGUGAGAAAACUGAUCAGAGCUCAGGAGAAGAAGGAGAUAGUACAGAUUAAUGAACACAUACAGAAACUGGAGCAGGGGAUCAGUAAUCUGCAAAAUGAGAAUGAUAAACUGGGGCCACUUUUACAUACAGAGGAUAACAUUCAUUUCUUUCAGAAUGACUCUUCUCAAUCUGGAGUGUAUCUGUGCACAACUUCACCCAGAGAUGUUAAUGACCUCUUGACAUUUGAGAAUGUAGACAAAUCUGUCUCAGAGCUGAACAGCCAACUGGUCAAACUCUGUGAAGAGCACAUGGGCAAAAUAUCAAAGAAAGUUGCUGAUGUCCAAAUUUUCAAAACCACUAGGCUCCAAGAUAUCGAUUCACCAGUGGCUUCAGCUUCAGACCACUCAUCAGAUGAUGACUAUAGGCCUCCGUCACCAGAACCUGGUGAAUGGUCAGAAUGAAGCCUACCUGGGAAUUUCGGGGGGGAAAAAAAGUUCAAUACAAUGUAAAGUCUAUAUCAAAAUAUUUAAUCAUCCAUGU